AUGACCACUAAAGCUUUGUUUAAUAUGUUUGCGGAAAAUCGAUCUCAAUCAAUCAUCAUCAAUGGAGAAAGCGGUUCGGCAUACUUUAUCAGAGACACGCUGGCUCAGAUAUUGUACCAAUAUCUUUUUGAGUUUAUUGUCUAUAAAAUCAACAAAAGGUUCAGCUCUGGAAAUGUUACAAUGAAUGAAUAUCCUUUCUUUGGGAUACUCGACAUUUUUGGGUUUGAAAUUUUUACAAAAAAUUCGUUAGAACAACUUUGCAUUAACUACACAAACGAGCGACUUCAAGAUAUUUUUAAUGAGCAAGUUAACAGAUAUGAAGAAACCUUAUAUCUCAAUGAGAACAGCAGAUCAAAAAUAACAGCAUUUUUACUAUCACAAACUUAUGUAAGAAUGGGACUUAGUACAAGUCCAAUUACAAAACAGUCUGUUGAAGUGUUAUCACGUGAAUCAAGAAGUUUAGUGCUACACAAGAUCAAAUUAGAGCAAUACUACGAAGCGCUUAACGAAGUAAAAACUGCUGGUUAUUUUGGAUCCAAAACAAAUACUUAG